AUGUCAGAGCUGCGUGACAGCGCCAACAAAAAGCUCAAGAAGAAGACGAUCGACAACGACAACAACAACAACAUUAAAACUCCAACAACAAACUGUAGCGACGACUUCAAUACCAACAUCACCAACAACCACACCAAAAAUCUCACCAACAACAUCACCAACAAUCUCACCAACAAUCUCACCAGCAACCACACCAACAAAAUCACCAAUAACAUCACCAACUCAAACAGCAGCAACAAUCUCACCAACAACAUCACCAACAACCACACCAACAAUCUCACCAACAAUCUCACCAACAACUACACCAACAACCACACCAACAACCACACCAACAACAUCAUCAACAACCACACCAACAAUCUCACCAACAACCACACCAACAACAUCACCAACAAUCUCACCAACAACAUCACCAACAAUCUUACCAACUCACUCAUACUCUCGAAUAACAAAAUCAGCAAUAACAGCAGCAACAAUCUCACCAACAACAUCACCAACAACAUCACCAACAACCACACCAACAACCACACCAACAAUCCCACCAACAACAUCCCCAGCAAUCUCAACUCAACUUUAAAAUCAACAAAAGAGCAUGGAGAAGAACACCAUGAAUACGAAAAGCAUCGCGAACAACGCCAACAAAUCAAUAAAUAA